CGCACAUGAUUUCUGUGAAUGCAGCGGCCACCUGGCUGGAAAGCCUCGCCAACGAUGCUCAGCGCCUAGCCUGCUACCCACAUCUGACCACCCCCAUCUGAUCUCGGCUCCUAGCUCUCUCUUCUCCCAAAAUACUAGCAAAUAUCCUAUCCUAUUUAGCUCUCCCUCCUCUCUUCUUCCUCCUCCCUCCUUUCCUCAGCCACGCCCAACCACAACCAGAUUGCAAAGCUGACGCACAUAGACAUAGGCCUAGAAGAUUCAGAUCAAGCUACUACCUAAUAAGCACCCUCUGAUUCUGCAUUAGUCUCGUUCCCUAAUCCAUACACACUCACUCUCUCGAUUACCUCUCUCUAAGCAAGAACUACUCGAGCACCACACACUCACACGAGCUAGAUGGUCCAUUCCAUGCAAUGCAGCAGUGUUCACACGCUCCUGUGGCCUCUCUUCUUCUCCAUCCUCCUCAUCCUCACCUCUUCAAUGGAGGCAGCAUCCUCAGAUGCCAGGAGGCUGCCGCUGAGGCUACUAGAGGUCGGCGUUGGCAAGUUUGAAAUGUGGGUGAUGCUGAAUCAGGAUGAGGAUUCAGCCAUCAGAGGCGAGAUGAGAGUGCGGAGGGCUCUGAUCGGGUCGAGGCCGCCGAGGUGCGAGAGGGUGUGCAUGUCCUGCGGCCACUGCGAGGCGGUGCAGGUGCCCAUCGUGCCGCAGGAUCGCCGUCAGAAGACAGCCGCCGCCGCCGGCGCUGCAGAUGAGGAGGAGCGCGUGGUGGCCGCCGUCGGCGCCGCCAUGUUCACCUACAGGGUGGACGGCAUCACCAACUACAAGCCGCUCAGCUGGAAAUGCAGAUGUGGAGACACCAUCCUGGAUCCAUGAGCAAGAACACAUGCACUCGCCAUUGCUUGCUGUGCAGAAAAUGUAAAACAACACUUCUUUCUUUAUUUCCUCGUGUUCAUCCUCCUCCUCUUCUUCUGGAUUGCGUUGGUUCCCCCCCCCCCCCCAGCAAUUGCUUCUUUAAAUUUUGUCCCAGUGAGGUUGAAGAUGGGGGAAAUUCAGAUUAUUAUUUGGAUCUGCAAAUCAAAUUUGCUGUACAGUUCAUUAGAACUUGUUUCAGCUAGGCAGCAUGCACCUGGCCUUGUCAGUUUGGCAUUGAAUGCGCCCGAUUUGGUGCUGAUUCGGAGGUGGAGGCGAUUAAUCAGCUGAGUGCAUUCAAGUCACUGGUGUACAGUGCGUGGGGACAGGGGCAAACAAACACCUGCUCUCUGCUCUGUCUGUGCGAAGUACUGUAGCUCGGAGAAAUCAUGCACUCCAUGGAGAAAUUCAGAUUGUUUGGUGGCUGCCAUUGCUGCAGACUACUACUGUACAGAGCAACUGCGUACGAUUUCUGUCUAGUAUUUGCCUUCAAGUAGUAAAAACCCAAAUCCCUC